AUGUUAAAAGAUUGGUCGAUCGAUAGUGAGAAAACACCAUUUGCAUAUCAUAUUACAUAUAAAAAAGAUUUAGAAAAGGAAGCUUUCGCAUGGUUACAGAAAGUUGAUAAAUCGGAAAUAACUCCACUUGAUUAUGGUAUGUGCGUUGUUCCGGCGAAAGAGCCAAAGGUGAAUGUUCAACAAUGGAUUGUGAUUCAAUCAAAUGAAUUCGACAACGUAUGA